GGUGCCCGCUUUGUCUGUCAUCUGCUCUCCGGACUCAGUAUGGCUGCCACACGCCGCUGCCUCUCCUUGCUGCUCCUGUCCACUUGUGUGGCUCUGUUGCUGCCGCCACCACUGGGCGCCCAAGGAGCCCCACUGGAGCCGGUGUACCCAGGGGAGAAUGCCACACCAGAGCAGAUGGCCCAGUAUGCAGCUGAGCUCCGCAGAUACAUCAACAUGCUGACCAGACCUAGGUAUGGGAGAAGAGACAAAGAAGACACACUGGGCUCCUUGCAGUGGGGCUCCCCCCAUGCAGCUGCCCCCAGGGACCUCAGCCCGAUGGACUUGUAAUGCCACCUCCUGCUUCUUAUGACUCCAUAAGCAGCGCCAGCCCAGCUUGCCCCUCUACACCCUUUGCUCUGGUCAAAGCUUGCUCUCUGCUCCCAUGCAGGCUAAAUAAAGCAAAUCAAAGUCACA